UUCGCGAGGAAAGAGUCGUUCUGUCUUCUCGCUCCUUCGCCAUUUGCCUCAAUUCGAAUGGCAAUGGCGGGUUAACGCUUUGAAAACCCUAGAGUACGGACUCUCCCUCUUCUCGCUCCCCAAUCCAAAACCCUAACCCUAAAAUUCCCUCCCAAAAUAAAAACCUCUGAAAUCUAGUCUUCCAAUCAACCACCCACAAUGGAGAACACGUGGCCAGUCCGCUGUCCUGAGAACGAGGAGAUCGCUCUCUACCUCUUGAAGAAGCGGCAGGAAAUGGCGAAGCCCAAUGGAAUCGCAGAGAACCUCGACAUGACGCUCUCCAACGCUUAUCGAAGUAUCUGCAGUUCCAAAAAUCCCAUCAAGACCAUGAAGGAUCUCUCAAAGAUCAAGGGUGUGGGGAAGUGGAUAUUGAGGAUUAUGAAGGGUUUUUUCCCUGAUUCUCCUGCUCCUUUGGAGGUUUCACCGUCAAAGGGAAAGAAGACAAAAGGACCCAAACGUUAUGUUCCCCAAAAGAAUUCAGUAGCGUAUGCCUUGUUAAUUACCCUUUAUAGAGAAAUGGCAAACGGUAAUAGUUUUAUGAAGAAGCAGGAACUCAUUGAUGCUGCUGAAGCUAGUGGGCUUUCACGAACUGCUAUUGGACCAGAUAAAUCUAAAGGAAAACCUGGACAAUUUGUGAGUUCAGGUAGGGAUUGGUAUACUGGAUGGAGCUGCAUGAAGACAUUGGUGUCAAAAGGAUUAGUAGUGAAAUCAAGCUGCCCAGCAAAAUACAUGCUAACUCAAGAAGGCCAAGAAGCUGCACGUGAAUGCAUCCUGAGAUCUGGUUUAAAUGAUUCUUCUGCACUGUUGACUGCAAUAAAUGGAUCUCAAAGCUCUCUUGAUCAGCAAACAGUAUCACAUUUGGAUUCCGCUGUCACUGAAAGAAAAGCAAGGUUUUCCUUUAGUAGUUCAAGCUGUCAAAAGGAAUUGAAUGAUGUUUCUAGGAAAUUUGGGGAUGACAUAGUGGUUUCUUCUGAUUCUGACUCCAUUCCUGCGGAACUUGAGAGUUAUUCUGCAACUGCAGAAUUUAGUACUUUCUCUUCCAUGGAUACAGGUAACAAGAAAGGUUUUAUUUCUGCUGCUGCUUAUCAUGAAAAUACACUCCAUAAUAAUGUAGCUACGAGUUCUUUCAAUCUGAGGGGUUGCACUUCACAUGAUGUUCCUGUUAAAAAAUCAAUAGAUGUGGGCACAGAGGUAAAAGAUGCAAACAUUUUGGCGAUGCCACCUCGAAGUUUUGGGGAGAACUUUGAAGAGACCUAUGAUGUUAUCUUGAUAUUGGAUGAUCGUGAAAACUUUGGAUCCCGUUCAAGAAAAGUUGUGGAUAACAUACGCUCUCAGUUCAAAGUUUUUGUUGAGAUUAGACGCUUGCCUGUUGGAGAUGGUAUCUGGAUUGUUAGACAUAAACAGUCCAAUAAAGAAUAUGUGCUUGAUUUUAUUGUUGAAAGGAAAAAGGUUGAUGAUCUUUGCAGUUCUAUACGAGAUAAUCGGUACAGAGAUCAAAAAUUGAGGUUACAGAGAUGUGGGCUGCAAAAGCUGAUAUAUCUCGUGGAAGGCGAUCCUAAUUCGUUGGAAGCUGCAGAAAGCAUCAAAACAGCUUGCUUCACAACUGAAAUAUUGGAAGGUUUCGACGUCCAAAGGACUAGUGGCUUUGCAGAUACAGUGAGAAAAUAUGGUCAUCUGACAAAAUCAAUAGCUCACUAUUACAGCACAUAUUUUUCCAGUGAAAAAACUAGAACAAAUGUGGUUUGCCCCAGCUACAGUGACUUUGUUAAGAAGUGCCAGGAUCUUGAGAAGAUGACUGUUACUGAUGUAUUUGCUCUACAACUAAUGCAGGUUCCUCAGGUAACAGAGGAGAUUGCCCUUGCUGUUACAGAUAUGUAUCCAACACUUCUCUCACUUGCUCGAGCAUACUCUCGUCUUGAGGGUGACAUUCGCGCCCAGGAGGAUAUGCUGAAAAAUCAAUGUGAAGUUAUAAGUUGGGGUGCUAGCAAGAACAUCUACAAGCUGGUUUGGGGCUGCUGAUAAAUCUUCUGAUUUUGAAUUUGUAGAUCUUCUUUACUCUGGAAUCCAAGCAUGUCAUUGUCUCAAUGACUGCUGUUAUAUUGUAAAAUGUUGUGUAUAUGCCAUUAUUUCUAGCAAAAUGUAUUACGUAGCCUUUUCCAAUUAAUACGUUCUGGUUUUCCUGUUAUGAAUGUAAAUGGUUAUGUAUUAGUUCACACAAUUAUCUGCUUUUGCUUUGUAAAACGGGAUGGUCAGUGUUUUAUCAGGAUACAUUGUGAUAUGGAUAAUUAUAAUUUACCAUG